GGAGGCGCCGCUGAGGCGGGAGCGGCGGAGGCGCCGCUGAGGCGGUUCCGGAGGGUGCCGGCGGAUCGCGAGGGAUCGCGAGGGAUCCCGGUGCUGCCAGCGGGGGCGGCAGCGGCCGCGCUGCGCUCUCAGGGCGUCCCGAAGCGCCGGCGGCGGCCAGUCCCUCCCUGCCGCCGGUAUCCAGGGACGCGGCUCCGUUGCUGAGGGGGCCCCCGGCCCGGUCAUGGUGCGGCUGCACGUCAAGCGCGGCGGCGAGAGCCAGUUUCUGCUGGAGGCGCCGGGCAGCGCCCGCCUGGCCGAGCUGGCGCCGCUCGCCGCCCGCAUCCACAACGGGCGGCUGAAGGUGCAGCGCCUGUGCUUAGAGAUGGAGGACCUGGCAGAGCAUGGUAUUUCUUUACCUUACAAUAUGCAAGGACUGRCAGAUGAGCAAAUCGAAGAGCUGAAGUUAAAGGAUGAGUGGGCAGAGAAGUGUGUCCCAAGUGGUGGAAGCGUCUUCAGGAAGGAUGAAAUGGGGCGAAGGAAUGGAUUUGCUCCAAAUGAAAAAAUGCAGCAAGUUAUAAAGAAGACAAUAGAGGAAGCCAAGGCAUUAAUCUCUAAGAAACAAGUUCAGGCCAAUGUGUGUGUUAACAUGGACAUGGUGAAAGAUGCAUUGGAGCAGCUCCGGGGGGCUGUGAUGAUUGUGUAUCCAAUGGGAUUGCCUCCACAUGAUCCAAUUCGGAUGGAGUUUGAAGAUAAAGAAGACUUGUCAGGAACUCAUGCUGGAACUGAGGUUAUAAAAGAGUCAGAAGCACAGCUGUGGUGGGCAGGAAAGCACUUGGAAGAAACAAAGUUGCUCUCCGACUACGUAGGCAAAAAUGAGAAAACAACCAUCAUUGUCAAGAUCCAGAAAAAAGGACAAGGGGCUCCGGGGCGGGAGCCUGUAAUCAGUCAUGAGGARCAAAAAGAGAUGAUGCUGUACUACUACAGGAAGCAGGAGGAGCUGAAGAAACUGGAGGAGGAGGAUGAUGACUCGUUUCUAAAUGCGGAGUGGGCAGACAACCAUGCUCUGAAAAGGCAAUUUCACGGUGUAAAAGACAUCAAAUGGGGUCCAAGAUGAAGCUCUGCAAGCCUCUUCUUAAGCUGCUCAGUUGAUGCUCUUGUUUGCAGCAAGUUGUGUUGUGUGUGGUAGGUUCUUCCAACAGCAGCUGAAAUUGUCACUUCUGUUGGCCUUAGGUGUUCAAUAAAUAUUCAUAUUUCUCUGUGACUGCAGCAGCACUUUUCUCUGCAAAGAGUUGAAUCAAUUCUCUUUAAGUUUGGUAUUUUAUUAGAAACUUUAACUUGAAUAUGGAAAUGUCAAUCUAUUUCAUAGAUAAGAGAUCUAGUAAAUAURCACUGGAAUGUUUCGUGGUGUUCAGAGUGGUCUUUAUACUCUCUUCUCAUUCUUGCAUUACUAUUAGCUAGUGUGCUCUSUAGAAGGUAAUUUAUUUUAUAAGAAAUAAAUUAUAGGCUAAUAAUAGGCKAAUCCAGGAAAAAUUAAUGUUUUUAUGUACUUGUUUGCAUUCCAGCAUAGCUAUUUCCUAACUGUCAUUUUGCAAUGAGUUAACCUCUUAAUUGUUUAAAGAAAAUAUUUUUGCAUAAGCGCAAGUAACAUCCUUGUAGAGUGCCUCAUUUUCAUUCUUUGGUUUAGUUUUUAUUGUUGCUAUAUAAAGGUUGACAGAAACUUGAAUACAAAAAUAAGUAUAAUUUGCAGACAGAUUAGAUAAAUAAAACCAGGUUUAAUAGGACCAUAUCUCUUAAGAUGGAAGUAAAAAAAMCAUCAUUUUCGGUAUUACAAUGGUUGAAGAGAGACAGACCAAGUUGGAAGUCAGGUGUCUGCUGAACUUGCAGCUUGAGGAUUGGAUGUGGAAAAGACAAUUAAUGCCAUUCAAUGAACUAUUAAUGGUGAUUUUACUUCAAUCACUGUUUUUUUUUACUUUUAGCAAAGUUUGGUGUCUGCUAGUUUUUCUUGAAUCUCAACUUCACAGUAACAUGACUUUUUACAAAAAGAAAAGUCAGCAUUUCUGAGUUGCAGAACUUCAAAUAUUAUUUAUUUAAAAUUUAUUUGGAAUUAUUUCUACAUGGCAAAAAAAAGGUUUUUAACAAAACACUUUGUUCUACCACUUCCUUAGAGAAAAAUCAGUGUUCUGGGACUUAYAAUAUUCUGAUUUCCUCUCUGAAAGCAAGGAAAAAGCAGGCAUAGGAAGCAUUUAACACAGAUUCUGCACCCCUUUGACUGCUGCUCUCUGCUGUAAUAGGUGCUGUUUUUUUCUUUAGCUGAGUAAACGUUCCACAGCAUCAAUGCUUCUUUGGAGUUCUCACAACAGUUUGUGGAUCUGCUGGAUUCAUCUAUUAUGGCUGAAAUGGAAUGAACUUACUGAAAAAAAGAUUAAAAUGUACAAGAACCCAGGAAAGCCUA